AUGGAGGACCUCAUGACUUAUGUUGACGAUGAUGGGAGUGUUAGGUUGCUACCUGGGUACAAGUUUGAUCCAACUGAUGAGGUUCUUGUGGACUUUUACCUGAAGAGGAGGGUGUUUGCUCAACCUCUUCCUUUUCACAUCAUUCCAGAUUUUAAUGUGUUUCAAACUGAGCCUUGGGGCCUUCCAGGAGGAGAUGGAAAUAUUUUCAAUGAGCGCAAGUGCUUCUUCUACAAUAUUAUGGGUCGUGAUUUUGAAAACAUUGACAUGAGAAGUGCAGGGAGUGGCCAGUGGAGAGUUAUGGAAAAAGACAAAUAUGUUCCUAUCCCUCGAAACAAUCAAGUGAUUGGGAAGAGGAAUACCUUGAAUUUUUGGGAAGUGCAAGGAGCCUAUGCUAGAAGGACCGAAUGGGUGAUGCAUGAAUUUCGUCUUGCAUCAAUUACUAACCCAUCUAAGAUGACAAAUUGGGCUGUUUACCGCGUCUUUAAGAAUAAGAAUAAAAAGAAGGUGAAGGAUGCAAGAGGGUGUAAUGAGGAAAGCUCCAAUGCAGGAAGUACCGAAGACAUUGGUUUCAACGUUGAGAGUAGCAGUUUCUCAGAACCUUCCCAAAUGGCCCAUUCCUUAAUUGAGGGCAGCAAAUCUUCUUGA